AUGUAUGAGAGAGCAAGGGGUACUCUCAUAGGUAAGAAAGCAUGUAGGAGAGAGCAGCUGUGCAAUCCCUUUGUUUAUCUACUCUUGAGUACUCUUAUCAGGAAUGGGAAUCAAGAAAUAAAAAACGAAAUCAAGCAACUCCGUAGUGAAUUCUCGCACGAAGUUGAAAAUAUUAACGAAAAAAUCAACAGUCUGCAACUGGAAUCCGAUAAACUAAAAUCAAAAGUCUGUAACCUAGAGAAAAAAUCGAAAAAAUACAAUCUCGUUGUAUAUGGUAUCAAGGAAACCGAACCAAAUCCAAUAAAACAAGUUCUUGAAAUUAUUAAUAAUACCAUAGAAGUCAAUUGCGACAUAAAAGAUCUUCGGGACACUUAUAGAGUUGGACGGCUGAAGGAGGGAAGUAUUCGCCCAAUAAUUUGUGAGGUUGUGAACUAUCAAUUGAAGCAGGAAAUUCUCAUCCAGUCCAAAACCCACUGGAGUGUACUGAAGCAACGUCAAAUAUAUUUUUCCCAUGAUUAUCCCGAAGACGAAUACAAAAAACGGAAAUUUAUGAAUGAACGUAGGAAAGAAGCUUUAGCAAGAAACACACCCGCAUUCUUCAGAAAAAACGUGCUAGUCAUAAACGGGAAAGAUUAUACAUACGAAGAUUUUAAAUUAAAUCCCCAAGAAAAUCUCACUGAACAAGGGCAAAAUACAGGUUCGAUUACACCAGGUGUCACCGCCGCUGCUGAGAAUAAAUUUAACUUCAAACGCAAACAGGAAGAAGAAGCAAGAAACGAAGACUUGAAGAUUCUGAAAAAAACAACUCGCUCUCAGAAAAAAUAA